AUGUUCAUGUCAAAUAUCGUUCAAAACUAUGACGAAAUAAGAGGUUGCACAAUGAACGUCUUUGCAGCGAGUUCAUAUUUACUUUGUUUUAUCUUGAUGUAUAGUUAUGGACAACUGUUACCUUUAACUUCGGACUUUAUCAAGCAAGGCUAUGUGUCCGAGAGCAUGGAUGAAGGUGUUUUUGCUGUACACACCCUGGAAAUAAAGUCUCUUAUAGAGUGUGCAUUGCGUUGUGGCAUGAAUUUACUUUGUAACGCUGUGGACUUUUGCUUUCUUGAUGGUUUAUACACCUGCCGAUUCCGUUAUGGACAUGCUAACCUUUCAAACACCAUUACACAGUGUGAGGCUUAUGAAAACACAGCUAGCAAAGACUGCCCGGAUGGAUUAUUCUUAAGAGCUCAAGGAAUAUGCAAAAUCAAUACUGAUGAGUGCCAGAAUGACCCAUGUCUUAACGGAGCCACAUGUACGAACACACCCGGCUCAUUCAACUGUACAUGUGACGCCGGAUGGACCGGGAUAGUUUGUGAUGAAGAUAUCAAUGAAUGUCUUGACAAUCCUUGUCAAAACGGAGGAACAUGCAGCAACAGCGAUGGAUCUUUCACGUGUACAUGCGCUGGUGGAUUUACAGGGGCACUCUGUAAAGAUACUGAUGAGUGCCAGAAUGACCCAUGUCUUAACGGAGCCACAUGUACGAACACACCCGGCUCAUUCAACUGUACAUGUGACGCCGGAUGGACCGGGAUAGUUUGUGAUGAAGAUAUCAAUGAAUGUCUUGACAAUCCUUGUCAAAACGGAGGAACAUGCAGCAACAGCGAUGGAUCUUUCACGUGUACAUGCGCUGGUGGAUUCACAGGGGCACUCUGUAAAGUUCUGUCGAACAUCGCAUUAGGUAAACCUGCCACACAGUCAUCAACGUUUACUGAAUAUAACGCCGCGUAUGCAGUGGAUGGCAACAGAGGAACGAAUCAUCCUGUAGACAAGUGUACAGUUACAGAUUAUGGCGACACAAGUCCGUGGUGGAGGGUGGAUCUGCAGGCCGUGUAUUCCAUCAAAUCUGUCAGAAUACUCAACAGAGGAAAAGAUAUACACGGAGGAGGUAAGUGCCGUUGA